GAGGAGGGAUCAGCUGAGGUUCCAGAGGGGACAAACAGCUCCAAUGAGCUACCACCGAGAGAGCAGAGAGGGAUGGGGCUGGCUCUCACACACCACUGCUCACCUGCAGGCGGGGCAGGCGCUUUAAAGGCCUCCCUUUACCCGCCCACCUGCCCCACCCGAAGCCAGGGUCCGCCUCCUCUUGCCCCUGCUGCCCCCUGCUGCCUGGAGAUUUGUCCCCAUAGCACUGCAGCAGCUGGUCUCCGCCUGGCAACACCAACCAUGGGUCUUUGGAAUGGGGGAGGUCUGGGGAUGGCACAAGUGUCCCCAGAGCUUCUGUGUGCCCUCCAUGCUUCUUACCCUACAUCUGCUAAUACAUUCAUACAUAUUCCGUGUGCUCACAGGCACACAUCUGCCCAAGCUGCCAUCCAUAUAUUCACAUAUCAAACACAAAGAUACAUACUUACACACCUACUAGUGCUCGUGAACCACCUCAAUGGCACCUAACAACAGCAGUGCUCGUGAGCAUACAAACACACACACACACACUGAACUCUUUGAGGACUGACUCCCAGCCACAAAGAAACAACAGAACAAGUUUCUCACUCUUUCUCACACACGCACACACAUAUAUACUCACUCUCAAGGAAAAACGAAGGUUUGGCAGCCUCUGCUCCCUCUCCUGAGUAGCAAACACCUCUCAGACCUUAUCCCUCCACAAAACCCCAAGUUCCCCAUCUUUAACCUCCCUUCAUCUUUCCUCCUCUCCCUUCUCCCUCCCCACCCUUCUCUCUUUUUCCCUCUCUCCAGUCUAUUACCUCUGUCUCUGUCCGUGUUCCAGGUUGCUGUCCUGAAUUUGAACCCCUGCCUGCCUCUGUGUGAUUGCACCUCACAGCCCCUCAGUUUCCUGAUGUAUAAAGUAGGGGCGAUGAUAGGCCCUCCUUGUAGGAUUGUUGUGCAAUUAAAUGUUGUCAAGUGCUCAGUACUGACAGCAGGUGGCACCAUGGCCCAACAAAGGAGUCAUCCCCCCGGUUCUAGGGCUGUAACCCCAUCUUCAUUCAUCCUUCCCUGCCUCCUGUCCCACUUCUACUCCAGCAUUCUUGAUGUAGAGGUACUGGUAAAAUUCUGGCUUCAGAGGCAUUCAGAUCAAGUGCUCAAAUCCUGGUUCUGUCAUUUAUUACCUGUGUGACCCUUGGGACAUUUCUUAAAUUUGGUUUCAAGUCUGUUUCUUGGUCUGUGUAAUGGAAUAGUUACAGAGUUUUAAAUGAGACUUCCUCCUCACUCUAGGAUAUUAAUAAAGAAUGACCACAGACUGAGGGUCAGAGAGGAGAGAGUCACAGCUAGAGGAAGUCUGGGGUGGAGGAAGUGGGGUUUGGUUUUGUUUGUAUAAUGGAAGGAGGCAGCUGAAGAGACAGGAGAGAUGGGCUAAUAACCCUAAAAUUUGUGUAGAUCAUGUUUUAAAUGCGUUACAUAUAUUCGGUCCUUUUUUUCCUUCACAACAAUUCUAUGAGAUAGGUUCCCUUUUUAUCUUCAUUUUAAACAUGGGGAAAUGAAAACACAUGCAGAUUAAGUAACUUGCCAUGAUCACACAACUUGUGAAAGAGCCAGGAUUCAACCCAAGUCCAGAGUCUUAACCACCAAGCUGACUGUCUACACUGAUGGAGUCUCUAAGGAAGCAGGAGGGGCUAGCUUCCAAAACGGGCUGGGGAGGAAGCCUUGGUCAGGGACCUGAGGAAGCAGAAGGGCAGGGGCUUAUAAGUAUGGUGGCUAGAGUCAAUGGCAACAAGGUCAUUUUCUAAUACCGGGGGUGGCAGGAGUAGAAGCUAGAGGGGAGGGGAGGAGGUGUGUGUGGCCUGUCAGGGUGGUGCUAAGGGACCCACGGUCUCCCAGCAAUUUCCUGCAAGAACAGAGAGAAGGUACAGGCUGGGAAAACAAAACAAAACAAAAACCAAACCUGUUGCCAUUCAAGUUGAUUCCAACUCAAAGUAACCCUAUAGAACAGAGUCGAAUGGUCCCACAGCGUUUCCAAGGAGCAGCUGGUGGACUUGAACUGGUGACCUUUUGGUUAGCUGCCAAAGCUUGCUGUACCUCUUAACCACUGUGCCAAGUGAAGUGAGAGGGAAAGGGAGAGGGGACUGAGGUGUGGAUGAGAAAGGGGCAAGUCCAAAAGUUCACAACAACUUAGUGCAAAGCUAGGCAGAGCCACUGACUCUCCUGCCAAGAAAGGGGGUGAACCCAAGAUUGGCACCUAUUGCAUCCCCAGGGGAUCUAAGUGUGCCCCCAUCUGCCUUGAUUGUCUACGUGGCUUUGUCUUCCAUCUUAGGAAGAACUGGGGCCAGGUCACAUUCAUCUGUGUCCCUGAUGUCCAGCACAGAUGAAAUUGUCAGUGAACAUUUUCUAAAUGAGUGAAUGAUUAAGUGCAGAAUAAAAUCCAUUGCCGCCGAGUCGAUUCCGACUCAUAGGACAGAGUAGAACUGCCCCAUAGAGUUUCCAAGGAGCGGCUGGUGGAUUGGAACCGCUAACCUUUUGGUUAGCAGCCAAGCUCUUAACCACUGAGCCACCAAGACUUCAAACACAGAAUAGCAAGAGUUAAAUGCUCCAGGUGGCUGUCCUAAAUUUGAACCCAUCUGCCUCUGUGUGAUUUCACCUCACGCUACCUUAGUUUCUUUAUAUAUAAAUAGGGGUAAUGAUAGGACCUCCUCGUAGGGCUGUCGUGAAAUUAAAUGUUGUAAAGUGUUCGGUACAGUGUCUGGCACAUAGUUGAUGCUUAAUAAACAUUGUUAAUAUUGUUCAUGUGAAUGAGUGAGAAAGUGAGGGAGUCAUUUUUCUUCUACUCAGAGCUCCUUUUCCUAAGGGGCCAAGCUGAACUGGUCUGACCCUUAGAGUAGUUCUUGGGCUGGCUCCAGGGAAAGGACUGUGAGGGAGCCUGACCCAUGGGGAGGGGCUGGGGGCCCAGACCUGUGAAAAAGGCUACCACCCUUAUACAGACUCCCUAUGUCAUAGAGGUCUCAGCUGCCUGGCCAGCAGCACCCCUCAGGCACACUGCAGCAGUUACCUGUGCCCAUGGGGCCCUCCCAUCUUGUCCGUAGCUCUCGGCCCCGGGGCCUGUGUUCCCCCUACCACAGGCCAGGUAUGGGCCGGCACCGGCCCCGGUCCCCUAGGAUGUUCAAGUGCAGUCACAGAAGGUACCGACAAAGCCCCCAAAACCUAGCUACCACCAUUGCAGCCACCAGUCUUGCCACCAUGGCUGCUGAUAUCAACUCCAACACCCACACUGCCACUGCCAGUAUGUGGAUCUUCCCACCGCAAGGUUAGUCGGGGGCUCUGGGCCAGGUGAGGCACUGGAAAAACAGAGCUGCUGAAGACCCUGCCUAGGCCCUCCAGAGAACAAAUUCUGUGAAAUACUACCCAAAUGGUUGGGUCUUGAUGGCAGGCAUCUCAAAGGCCAAGAGCCUUAAGGAGGGUGGAAAGGCUGGAUGAGGAGGGUUUGUGGAGGGGGUGAAUCCAAGGGGCAGUAGAACUUCCAGAGUUUUUGCCUUCCUCACACCCUUCCCUCAUAUUCCUCUUCUCAGUUCUCAGGCACCUCUGUCAACCUGGGAGCUUUCUGAUCCUCUAGAAAUGCCAGAAGCUUAGCUUGCUCCAGACCUGCCUCUCUCAGGGGCCAUGGAUGAUGAACAAUGAACAAAUACAGGCAUUUCUGCUCCAACUGCCUUACUCUACUCCAAGGUGUUUUCAGCUGGCUAUGCAGGGUGUUCAGGGUGUUCUGACUCAGAGUGACCCCCAUAGCAUUUCCAAAGAGCGGGUGGUUAUUUGAACUGCCAACCUUUUGGUCCGCAGCCAAGCUCUUGACCACUGAGCUACCAGAGCUAAGUGUGCCUCUGUAAUCAAAUGUGCCUCUGGGGCUGGCUGUGAGUGUCAAGGUGUGUUUGUGAUGGGGCACUGAUCCUGAUAAGAGGCAUGAAGGUCAGGAGGGGGAUGGGAAACAACCUGAAGGAGAGGGUGGGGAAAGGCUUGCCUGUGAGGAGGGUGUACCACCUUCUGUCCCUCAGACCCUUUCCAAGGUCACUGUUUUUCAAAACUGGCAGCUGAGCUGGGGUUCUUGGGGGAAGGGCAAGACUGAGGCUGAGCCCCAAAAGGGGGGGAGGGUGCUAAACUGUCUGGCCUGGGGAUUUUCCAUUUGGAUUUCUGAGUGAGCACCUGUGUAUCAUUGGGAGUAACUGGGUUUCUAUGGGGUGUGUCUUCAUGAAGCUGGGUCUUGGUGGCUGGGAACAUUGUGUGGAACUGUCUCUAACGUAUGGCUUUGUACAUGGGUUAGUGUAUGUUCCAAUGCCUCAAGAUCUGACUCUGAUUCCAGGGCUUCCUCCCCUGAGGGUUGGGGGUGGGAAUAAACCCUGAGAACUUUGGCCUGGCCCCCUGGGGUUCAUGAAGCCUGGUUAAUGUCCUUUGCUGCCUGUGAGGGAAAAAAUGAAUUGUGUCCGUGUCCAUUACUCCAAGGCUUGCCAGAUACUGGGACCCUGAGGGAAAGAAGGGGGGAGGGUAGAGAAUUCACUGACACUUCAUACCCAGUCAGUUCUGGGUGGGAGCUGUGGCUCCUCAGGGUAUUGGGGGAGGGCCGAACCUCAGUGACAGUUGGAAGGUGGCUGGGCUGGUGCUCAAGGCGCACAAGAAGUCCCACACAUAUAAAAACACAUGACAGUCCACAAACACAUACAGACCGACAUGUAAGCACAAGUGGACUCCCAGACACACAACGCAACAAAUACACACAUGCAUGCAGGUAUGCACAUAGACCCCCACAUGACACAUCUAACACCACCAUACACAUACCCACAAACAUAGACACAUACAAACAUGCAUGUACCCAGACACAAGCAUAUAGAUGCAGACACAUGCAAUCACACUCAUGCAAACCCGGCACACACAGACACACACUCACCAGACUUCCCUGCCCCCUUGGCCCCGGGACCCAGAAGCUUUCCUCCCCUAUAUGAGUACAUGUGCAUACCCAUGCUUGUGUCUGUAUGUAUCUGUGCCUGUGAGUGUGUGUGUCUGUGUGUAUGUGAAGGGGUGCUGAGCUGUGGGAACCCGAUGACAUCACCUCUUCUGGGUAUUUUUAGAUCCAUCUGCAAUGAAGGUUUCUCCACUGCCCCUCCCCCUCCGGAUUUCCAAUCCUCCUCCCCCUCCAGACUCCCAGAGGCUGCUGCUGCCAGAGGGCACCCACCACCUCAGUCUAGGUGACUCCUGGGUGACUGGGUACAGUUCAUUCUCCCACAGCCUGGAAGCUGAGAACACCAGGGUUGCAGGCCAGAGGAGGGGUCUUGGGCAGCGCUGGGGCCUGGGUUAGGUGAGCAAAACUGGCUGGUCUUCAGCUCUGUGGUGUCUUGGCUUCUGCUUUUCAAUUCGAAGCUCUGUCUCAGUCUCCACUUAUUCAUUCAUUCAUUUAUUCCAAAAAUAUUGAUUCCACAAAUGAGCCAGGGGAUGUGCUAAAUUCUGGAGAUACAGCAGUGAACAAGACAGUGGGAGCCCUUGGGAAGUUAUGGGAGACAGACAUUAAACAGAUAAAUCAUACAGGCACUUCAUUACAUUGCGGCCAGGACUCCAAAAACUCGUAACUGGGGGCUUAAGUCUGGGAUGAUGUUCUCAGUCUCUUUCUCUCUCAGUUCUUCCUUCUCCCACUAGGUAGGAUAUAAGCUGAGAAACCAGAAGGGGGCACACCCCCUAUCUUUGGACUCUUCACCCCAACAACCACAUCUCCCAGAAUUCUAGGGAGCAGUGCUUCCUUUUCACACUCUAGGCUGUGUUCCUAACACACACUAAUCCAUGCACAAAGCCACACAUUAGAGACAGAGUUCCA